AUGUUUAGCUGGGUGACAAAAGUUGUACCCCAGCCUCCAGAGCCACCUGGGAAACUAGGUGAUGGAGAAAAUUCUGAUUCAGCUCCAGUCCCCGAGAAGAAACAACUGUUGAAAGAGGAAGAUGCACCCAAGUCUGCAAAUGCUAAAGGUGAAGAGGCUUCAGAGGAAAACAGCACUCAGAGUGGGGUUCUGACAUGGCUCUCUCAUGGAUUUGCCAGUGCUCUUCCCCAGCCUGCUGGCUCUCCCAGAAUUGGCAGAAAAAAUUCAUCUUUGGAACAGGAGGAAAGUGCAGUGAGCAACAGGCAGCAAAGUGGAGUGGUUGGCUGGAUUGUGCAGGGGUUAGGCAAGGUUGUUCCACAGCCUGAUGAGAAGUACAAACAACAGUGUGAACCAGAGGAGACUACUGAGCCUGCAGUGGUUCCAGAGGUUAAGGUGGAGCCUGUUGUGUGUGAGGUUAAAGAGAUGCCAGAUGCAGAGCCUCUUCCCCAUAUCCCUGUGGUAGAAGUGGUCUCUGAAGACGAGACUGAAGCAGACAAAAACAGGCCCUUCACCCCCAGUGUUAUGGAGUGGAUAAAGCACGGCUUUGAAAAAGUGGUUCCUCAGCCCGCAGACAUCCAUGUUCACGCACCUUCAAAUGCAGAGACUCCUGCAAAGAAGGAAGCUCCCUCCGCUGCAGAGACUCCUGCAAAGAAGGAGGUCCCUACAAGUACAGAACCUCCACCCAAAAGGGAGGCUCCUGCAGAACCUCCUCCCAAGGUUGAGCCCCCUCCCCCAGAGCCACCAAGCAAGGCUGAACAAAAUGUGAUCUCCCCACCAGCACCACCAAAGACAGAGGAGACUAAAGAAUCAAAUAUGGUUGGCUGGAUAAUCCAGGGAUUCAAUCGAAUAAUACCACAGCCUGUGCUAAAACCAAAGGAGGACACCUCAGAAGUACAAAACAUCUGCAUCUUACAGGACCCAGCAGACAUGGUGCUGGAGGAGGUGGAUUCUGACUGGGAGAACGAGCGGCAGCAGAAAGACCAGGGCUCAGAGCCUACACAGACUGAGGAGGUACAGGUGUCAGAGGAGCACGGCAUGCCUCAGAUCAUCCCCAACAUCAUGCCUGAUUCGUUAGCCAUAGAACAAGAAGACGCAGAAACCCAGACUGCUAGAUGGACACCCCUUAUGGAGAGCAUCAAGAAAGAGGCUGAGGAGGCUGCCAUGGCAACCAUGGAGGAGAGACUAGAACAGGAAAGAUUGGAGGCUGCACGCAUGGCAGAAGAUUUGGCAAGGCAGGCUGCUGAGCUUGCCAUCAAACAACUCGAGGAGGAGCAGACUGCACAGAGAACCUCUGAAAGCAAAGACGAGGAGAUUGACGAUGGAGAACAACUGCCCAAUAUCCAGGAGGAAGAGAAUGAAGAAGAUCCUGAGUUACAGAUGCUCUGUGAGAAGAGUGAGGAGGACAGUGGGGAGAUUAAGACCACUGAUGCUGAUGUGGAGAGGUCUCAGGUGGAUGCUUGCCCUGCUGAGGGUUUAUCUGGCCGCACCUCACCACCACUCGAUGAUAUGUCUCUCCCCAGAGAGCAGUCCUCUGAAGAGUCUGAGCCAGAGGCUUCGUCCACAGAGACAGAGCCAGAAAAGGAACCAGCUACUGAAGAUACAAAGAGAGAGUCCAUUAGUACAGUAUCUGCACCAGUUACCACUCAGCCAGAGACAACCAUCUCAGAGACAACUCCUGCUGUGAUCCAGGAAGACGAGGCUGUUGAAGGAGGGUGUGGAGCAUUGAAUGUGGGUGAUGGAGAGGUGGCAGGAGGUCCCACUGUUCCCCGGAUUAUCAUCCCUGAAGACACAGAUAGCACUGUCCCCGUUCACAGAAAAAUACCCAAGUCGAUGGAAGAGAUGGCAGCUGCUGCAGAAGAUGAGGGUGAACUAAAGCCCACCCUGAAAGCAUGGCCCAGUCAGACUAGCCUGCUAAGCACGGAUGAGUUACAGGAACGCCCUACGUCUGCAGCUAGCCAGACUAGCGUUGUGGUGAGCGAUCGUCUGCAGGAGCUGGUCAAGUUGUUUAAAGGACGAACAGAACGUAUCAAGGAGAGGCUUAUUGAUCCUGAUGAAUCUGAGGAGGAGAGCCCAUCUGCUUCUCCUGUCAAAAAGGCUGGUGGCCCUGCACCACCACCACCUCCACGACCCGAGGAGGAAAAAGAUGAAGCAGCUCCCAGUGUUGAAGAGGAAGAAGAAGUAAUUUAUGAGAUCUGGGGCUACCAGUUCAAAAUACCCAAGAUGCCCAAAAUGCCUAGCUGGCUUAAAGCUAUACUGGAGUAUCGCUUUCCAUCCAGCAUUGACCCAUUUACUGACCUCAUUUACGUGCUGUGGCUCUUCUUUGUGACUUGUGCGUGGAACUGGAAUGUGUGGCUGAUUCCAGUGCGCUGGGCAUUCCCCUACCAGACCUCAGAAAACAUCCAUCUGUGGCUACUUAUGGACUACUUGUGCGACGGCAUCUACAUCUUGGACAUCCUCGUCUUUCAGCCCAGACUGCAGUUUGUCAGAGGAGGAGAUAUUGUGUGUGACAAAAAGGACAUGAGAGAGCAUUAUAUGAAAACAGUACGUUUUAAGAUGGAUGUGAUCAGUUUAUUCCCCUUAGAUAUCCUCUACGUUUUCACUGGAGUUAAAUCUGUCCUGCGGUUCCCUCGUCUUCUCAAGUAUAUGGCUUUCUUUGAGUUCAAUGAUCGCCUGGAAGCUGUGAUGAGUAAGGCCUACAUUUACAGAGUGAUCAGAACCACAAUGUAUUUGCUGUAUUCUCUACACUGUAAUGCCUGCAUGUUUUAUUGGGGUUCUGAUUAUGAGGGUCUUGGCUCCACUAAGUGGGUCUACAACGGCAAAGGCAACAGUUAUAUUCGCUGCUACUACUUCGCUGUGAAGACCUUGAUCACUAUCGGUGGCCUGCCUGAUCCCACCACUGUCUUUGAAAUAGUCUUCCAACUGGUCAACUACUUUGUCGGUGUCUUCGCUUUCUCAAUUAUGAUUGGCCAGAUGAGAGAUGUGGUGGGAGCAGCAACUGCUGGUCAGACCUAUUACCGGGCCUGUAUGGACAGCACAAUUAAGUACAUGACAUCUUAUCGGAUCCCACGUGAAGUCCAGAACCGUGUCAAAACCUGGUAUGACUACACCUGGCAAUCCCAAGGCAUGUUAGACGAACAGGAGUUGCUUAUUCAGCUCCCAGAUAAGAUGCGUUUGGACAUUGCUGUGGAUGUAAACUACACCAUUGUCAGUAAAGUAGCCCUAUUCCAGGGUUGUGACAGGCAGAUGAUUUUUGACAUGCUGAAAAGGUUGAAGUCUGUGGUAUAUCUCCCAGGAGAUUAUGUGUGUAAAAAGGGUGAGAUUGGACGAGAAAUGUAUAUCAUCAAAGCAGGGGAAGUGCAGGUUGUGGGCGGUCCUGAUGGAAAUACUGUGUUUGUGACCCUGAGAGCAGGGUCUGUGUUUGGGGAAAUCAGUUUGUUAGCAGGGGGUGGAGGUAACAGGCGUACAGCUAACGUGCGAGCGCACGGUUUUGCUAACCUCUUCAUUCUGGAUAAAAAGGAUUUGGCCGAGAUCAUGGUGCACUACCCUGAGUCCCAGAAGCUUCUGCGCAAGAAGGCCAAGAAGAUGCUGACAAAGGAUAAGAAACCCGCGGAUGACAAGGAUGGCGCAAAAGAGCCGGAGCAGGUCAUUCCCACGCGCCCUGAGACGCCCAAGCUGUUCAAGGCUGCACUUCAGGUGGGCAGUGGGAGAACCAUUUCCAAGCUGAAGGAGACAUACAAAACCGGAAGUACACUAGAGCCUUCCCCGUCCGCAGGCCCCUCGACCCCUAUCCCUCCUCCAUCCCCAGUGCACCGGCGUUCUCCCAUACCACGGCCACUGGUGCAGGAUGACGAUGACAUGGUGUCUGAAACCACUGACAGCACCAUGAUCAUUCGCAUGACGCCCCGUCACCAUGGAGAGGAGAUUCUCUCUGUUGAGCUGGGACAUGGUGACGAAGAGCAGCAAGAAACUGGUACAGCUGAGAAGAAGAAAUAG